UACCGCACCGCCACCGCAUAGCUUGACGAUUUGUUGUGGUUGAAGCGAUCACAGCAACGAUUGCUAUGAUACGCGGCGCUUUCGAAAGCAGCAAACAAAACAAAGCAAAAACAACAACAAAACAAUUUAAUAUACAGCUAAAGGACAAAAGUAAUAACGACAAAAACACACAUACACUCGCAAAAUGGGUUGAAUAAUAUAGAAUAUAACAACAGUUUCAGCUGGCCAAGCAAAGCGGAAGGUGUAGCACACCUGCUGGCGCAAAAGUAGCAACAGUAUAAAUAACAAAGAACAGCUGAGUGGUUUAUUGUACGCCACUAAACCGCUAGUUUAACGACUGCAAGGGAAGGCGAAAAUAUUUUACGGUCACAUAACAAACGCCAAGUGAAGAAGUAAUGUGUAAUUAAAACAGCAUUAGUUUAUUACAAAACACUGCGGUUGGUGGACACCCCACUCUACUACCUCUGUGUGACAAAGUACGCAGUUCAAUCACCUUUCGUAAAUCGCUGACAUUCACGACAUUGAAAUGCCGAAAAGCCAUAUGUGAUUCAGAAAUUUUCCGAUUUUCUUUGCGUUUGUGAAAAAAAUAUGUGAAUUAUUGAUUUUUGCGGCGGGCAGCUGUUUGUAUUAAAUAACUGUAAACCAAUAUGCAUGCAUAUAUACAUAAAAUACCGUUGUGUUCUACACAUGCCUCAGGGUAGCAGUAAAAUGGAUCGCUACGAGAAAUUGAGUAGACUUGGCGAGGGUUCUUAUGGCGUCGUCUACAAAUGUCGUGAUCGUGAAACGGGCGCCUUAGUGGCUGUCAAACGGUUUGUGGAAUCCGAAGAUGAUCCAGCUAUAAGAAAAAUUGCCUUACGCGAAAUUCGACUAUUGAAAAAUCUGAAACAUCCCAAUCUGGUCUCACUACUGGAGGUAUUUCGGCGUAAGCGACGUUUGCAUUUGGUAUUUGAAUUUUGCGAGCUGACAGUGUUGCACGAAUUGGAGCGACAUCCGCAAGGCUGUCCGGAGCAUUUAACCAAACAGAUCGUCUACCAGACAUUGCAGGGUGUCGCAUAUUGCCACAAGCAGGGCUGCCUGCAUCGUGACAUCAAACCGGAGAAUAUACUGUUGACAGCGCAGGGACAAGUGAAGCUGUGCGAUUUCGGUUUUGCGCGCAUGUUGAGUCCUGGUGAGAAUUACACAGACUAUGUCGCCACCCGCUGGUAUCGUGCGCCCGAGUUGCUUGUCGGCGAUACACAGUACGGCACCGCUGUGGAUGUGUGGGCAAUCGGUUGUCUCUUUGCGGAGCUGGUGCGCGGCGAGGCGUUGUGGCCGGGUCGCAGCGAUGUGGACCAACUGUAUUUGAUACGCAAAACUUUAGGUGACCUGCUGCCUCGGCAUAUACAGAUUUUCUCACAAAAUGAAUAUUUUAAGGGAAUUACAUUGCCAGUGCCGCCAACGCUGGAGCCGCUCGAAGACAAAAUGCCAGCGAAAUCACUACAAAAUCCGCUCACCAUAGACUUUCUCAAAAAAUGCCUCGACAAGGAUCCUUCCAAGCGUUGGUCCUGCGAAAAGCUCAUCAAACACUCAUACUUCGAUGAUUACGUCGCCAAACAGCGUGAACUGGAGCAUGUUAAUAGCCUCGAGGCGGCCGCACUACAACGACAACAACAAUUGCUGCAACAACAACAUCAGUUGCAACAACAUUUGAUGUUGCAGCCGCAUAGUCAACAAUUGCAGCCACAAUCGCAACAGCACACACCGCUGCAGGCCCAACACCACCAGCAACAACAACAGCAAACACCAUUGCUGCUGGCAGCGCAGGCGGCGCGUGACAAAUCUAAGACUUCAAACACAUCGCUUCCAUUGCUGACCAACACCCAGCUGUCGCAUCAUCAUCAGGACUAUGUGAAGUUGCAACCGAUUAAUAAAAAUGCCACAUUGCUCCAUCGCACCGAACAUCAUUUGCCAACGAUAUAGUGUAUUGCGCACGUAUGUGUCCAACAAAACACAACAAUAUCCACAACACAAAGGCAUCAACAAGGCUGCCGCUGGCCGGCUAGUAGUUGGCAUUGGCUGACAAUGCUUGCGCCGGUUGGUUGACUAGUAUUGGUUUGUUGCAACUACAUUCUGCUUUAUGUACACCAUCCGGUGUGUAGUUGCAGCAACACUUAAUUGGCGCUUUUCGUCGUGCUGGUGAAGCAUGUGGAGCAUUUCGCAACUGUUUUGAUUUUCAUCUUUAAUUGAGAUAUCUUUUUAGUUGACUUAGAUGCAUAUGUGUAUUUUUUUAUCAAAACAAAGCUGUAUAUGUCCAAUACAAAAUUUAAUUAAAUAAUAAAUAAAUAGUAAUAAUCAAUGUUCUCAAUA